AACCGGACGUCGGUGAACACGGUCGAACCGGGUUCCUACCGCGACGGCACUGACGGUGGCACGCGACGGAGUUCUGUAAUGCUAUUGAUCUAGUUCCUUAAUGGCUUCUAACAACCCUUCGCUUCGCCCUGAGAUCGGACCUGAUGGUCUCGCUAGAGAAGCUUCCGUCAUCGGCUAUACCGAGAGGAUCUUCGAAGAGGAGCAGCUUCAAUUGCAUAAAUAUAUUCAAGAAAACUAUUCAAAAAUCCGCAAUGUGGAGCGUGAGCUUGCGAAUCUCACGCUUGAGAUGAAACUUACAGCCGGGCCCAAAAAAUCAGCACUUGAACAUUUGAGGAAGAAAAUAGAACAAUCAACAGAGAAAAUCCGUCUAGCCAAGUUAAAAGAAGAACAGGCCCGGAAGGCAUUGGAAUCAGCUGAGCAAGCAGUUAAGGAUGAGGAAGCGAUAAAGGAGAAGCUAUGUGAAGAUUUGAGCAAUUUGGUUCAAGAGAGCAGUCAGUCUCAGUUUUCUCGGCUGGCGGAAUUAAAAAGACGAUUGGAAGCUUUGAAUCCAAGUCACAUAACAACUAAUCAUGAUGGGAGAUCAGAAAGUACUUCUCAGGAUAGUUCCUCUAAUCCCAACGCCAGGGAAUCAAGUGGGGGAUCAGCAGCAAGUGUUAAUACUGAUCAAAGUAAUGGUCAAAAAGUUGCAGUGACAGAUAGACCUAAUCAGCAACCUCCUAAUGAAGGCGAAGGUAGAAAUAAAAAGAAAGUCAACUUCCAAUUAAAAGGAAAGGGAAUCGGUGCUGUGUCCAAGGGUAGAUCUUCUGCUCAUGGCUGGACUGGUGCCGGCUUUGACGCAUGAAUUUGGUAUGUGGCAGAAUAAUAGAAGAUAUCACUGCUACAUAUAUUUUGGGUGUGAAGUCAAUUCUUUCUGUACCGGGUAUAUCAUCCUGUCCUCCAUUCUUCUUGCUAAAUUGGAAAUGUUGUCUUCCCUCAAUUAGCCAAUUGUAUUAUUUUUCGCCGCAGUUGGUUGACAUAGUGAUUGACCUUGUGGCUUGGGUUUGAUAAAUUUGUGAAAUCCUCUGCUACAACUUUCAGGCAAGAAAAUAUCAAUAUGUUGAGUUGGAUUUGCCUUUAGUUAUGCAAGCUAACACACAUAUGUUUUACCCGAUAAGUCUUCUGUUAUCUUCCUUGUGGUUAUAUCUGAUGAAACAACUGUUGCUGCUUCAAAGACAAUGAAGUCAGAUCAACUGUGUUUGGAUAAGGAGAAUCUAGAGUGAAAAAACCGUUGUGUGUGAUAGAAUUCUACUAUGGGAUUGUACAUUUUUCAUUCAUUUCAAUCUUUAUCGUUUACGGGUUUCUCUA